UGGGUUGCUGGAUGGUUUUUUGUUUCCCUGGCGUGUAACUUUCCACUGGUCACGCCCGUGCAAAAAUGUUCUGCUGUCGUUUUUCCCCACAGGCCUUCUUUUCCCUCCUCCCACAAAUCUGUUUAUAACAGCUGGGAAACCUUACAUUUAAGGAAGGGGAAGAAUCCACUUUGCUAUCCUUAAUCCAAAAGGACGUCAGAGUGCAAACAGAUAUUUCUCUAAACUGUUUUUUUCAGUUAGGGAUUUGUGAUGUUGCCCCUUCCCAUUCAAUUUUGUAUAAUCGACCCUGGGGAUAGACCCCAGGCCCCACUUUGCCUCUCUAGACCCAGACACUUGCUGUUGCUCAGAGCGCUGGAAUAUAGAAAGCGGCGUUCUCAGCCAUACCUGGAGAUGCUGGGGAUACAACACAGGACCAAGCUACAGCUCUUCCCUCAUAGGAUAAAACAAGUUUCCAGUCCUCAUGGUGUUGUACUAAGGGCCAAUUUAAAUAGGAACAGAAGAAGCUGCCUUGUACUGUGUCAGACCAUUGCUCCAUUGAGCUCGGGCUCCUCAUUUCUCUUGCUUGAGAUUUCCUGCAACCUGAAGUCCGCCACCGUUGAGAUUUUGCCAAGCUGGUAGUACUCCAAUGCAUUCUCCAACACGAACUUCAAAGCCUCCCAAAAUGAGAAGGGAAAAAAUGCCCAAGCAGGUGAAUGGCACCAAGAGUCACCCGGCCACCAGUUGUGAUGAAGAGAAUGGUCUCGGUGAAGAUGUCAAAUCCUUUUUGGGUGACGAACGGCAGCUCCAUUGCUUUGAUGACCUUACCAAAGUGAAUCCUGUGACCACCACAACUGUCCUGAAGUGCCUGCAAGCGAGAUACGCCAUCGACGUGUUUUACACCAAUGCCGGCAGCAGCCUGGUGGCAGUCAACCCCUUUCGGCCAAUACCGCCUCUCUACUCGCUCGAGCUCAUGAGGGACUACCACACUGCCCCCCGCCUUCAGGAACUCAAACCUCAUGUUUUCGUGGUAGCGGAGGAGACCUACAGGAAUGUCCAGAGCCAGAUCCCACCUGUAAACCAGUCCAUCAUUGUGAGUGGCGAAAGCGGAGCUGGGAAGACAUGGACCUCCCGUUGCCUGAUGAAAUUUUACGCCACAGUCGCCUCGUCCUCCACCGUCCCCAAGGGCAGCGUAGCAGUGGAAAGGAUAGAGAAGAGGGUGUUGGACUCCAACCCAGUGAUGGAAGCCUUUGGAAACGCAUGUACCCUUCGGAACAGCAACAGCAGCCGUUUUGGCAAAUACAUCCAGCUUCAGUUAAACAGGUCUCAGCAUCUAACAAGUGCUUCCAUCCAGACUUUCCUGCUGGAGAAAACAAGGGUUGCCUACCAAGCCCCCUGUGAAAGGAACUUUCAUAUCUUCUACCAGAUUGCAAAAGGUGCCAGUCACGAAGAACGACUGGAAUGGGACGUCCCUGAAGGAGCAAAAUUCUGCUGGCUUCCGAAUCCUGAAAAGACUCUAGAAGAGGACUCCUUUGAGGUGACACGAGAGGCGAUGUCGCAUCUGGGCAUUGACUGCUACACGCAGAAUAAUGUUUUCAAGAUAUUAGCAGGUCUUCUCCACCUGGGAAACAUCCAGUUCUCUGAGGCUGAGGACGAGUCGCAGCCUUGUGAACUGGACGACAGCGCCACAGGAUUUGCAAAGACUGCUUCCAGAUUAUUAAAGGUGCCUGUAGAGCAGUUGCUGGAAACGCUGCGGAUCCGGACGAUAACGGCUGGGAAGCAACGGCAGGUAUUCAAGAAGGCUUGCCCCAAGGUUGAAUGUGGGACGAGAAGGGACUGUCUUGCCAAGGUCGUCUAUGCCAAGGUAUUUGACUGGCUGGUGGCCGUGAUCAAUGGAAGCAUCAAUGCCGAUCCUUCUGUCUGGAGCAACUUCAUAGGUCUGUUGGAUGUUUACGGCUUCGAAUCUUUUCCGGACAACCACCUGGAGCAGCUGUGCAUCAACUAUGCCAAUGAGAAACUGCAGCAGCAUUUUGUAAGCCAUUUCCUCAAAGCCCAGCAGGAAGAGUAUGCUGCAGAAGGCCUGGAGUGGUCUUUCAUCAACUACCAGGACAACCAGUGCUGCCUGGACGUAAUCGAAGGCAGCCCAGUCAGCAUCUUCUCUCUGCUGAACGAGGAAUGCCGCCUCAACAGACCCUCCAACACCAGCCAGCUUCAAACCCGGAUUGACGUGGCUUUGUCUGAUAACCGGUGUGUUAGCAGGGACCGGUUUAGUAAGGAGCCCAACUUCAUCGUCUCCCAUUACGCUGGGGAUGUCCGCUAUCAGGUGGAAGGAAUGGUGGAAAAGAACAAGGACCCCGUCCCCCCGGAACUGGUUCUGUUGCUACAGCUGUCCCAGGAUUCUUUGCUUCAGAAAUUGUUUCCUGUGGAAACCACAAGCCAAAAAACAAGCACAAACGACAUCAGGACUCAGAUGAAACCUGUGGUGGUUACAGUAGUCUCCAAAUUCAAGGGGUCACUCGAGAAGCUGAUGGAGAUCCUGCACAGCACCACCCCACACUACAUCCGCUGCAUCAAGCCCAAUGCAGAUUGCCAGGCAGCUCUUUUCCGAAAGGACGAGGUUCUGCAGCAGCUGGAGGCGUGUGGCAUCGUGGAAGCUGUCAACAUCAGCGCUGCAGGCUUUCCAAUUCGGAUUUCCUUUGAAAGCUUCAUGGAGCGUUAUAAAGUGCUGAGGAGAUCACCAAAGCAAAAGUCAAACACCACGCAUCAGGAGAAUGGCUUCUCCCACAUUAUGGGGAACGGUUUGAUGAUGGCGUCUUCUGCAGAGGACAAAAGCGAUGCUUUACGCUCUGUGGUCCAGGAGAUCCUUCAGCAAAUGUGCCCCCCUGAUGCCCCUCCUCUCAAGCCUACAGAGAAUCAACCCUGUAUUGUGCCAGUUUAUUGUGGGAAAACCAAAGUAUUUAUGACGAACUCCACGCUGGAGCUCCUUGAAGUGGGGCGAGCCAGAGUCUUAGCUGACAAAGCUUUCUGCAUCCAGUGCUGCUGGCGAAGGUUUAAGAGAAGGAAGCUGGCUCAAGAGAGAGUGUCAGCCACAGUCAUCCAGUCAGCUGUUCGCUCAUGGUUGGCCAGGAAACAUUUCCAGAGGCUACGGAAAGCUGUCAGGGUUAUAAAACGGACCUGGAAAAAAUGGAAGGCCAAGAUGGAUGUCCUGGCCGCAGAGGAGUUGGAUGACUUAGAAGGAAGCCCCCUCUCCUCCAGCCUUAAGGCAACCGUUUCAUUGAGCGAGACCCAUAGCAAGUUGGAAAAAACAUGCCCCCUAAAUGCAGCAAUCCAGUUCUGGCCUCUUGGGCUGGUCCUUUCAAGCGGCCCAGUGACACUGGGUGCUUUUCAGAGAGACCUCGCCCUCCUGGCCUGCCUCCAAGUGCUGCAGCAGAACAACCAUCACAAGGCACAGACCAAGCAGCGCACGCAAGGGGUCACCUCCAUCAGAGCCCUCCCACAGGGCUCGAUCAAGUUCCACUGCAGGAAAUCUCCGCUGCUUUACGCAGACACCAGGCCGCACACCCACAACUGCACCAUGACCGGCUUCAACCAGAUUCUCCUCGACAACUACAAGCUCCUUUCAGCUUGAAAACUGACUUCUACGUGCUUUUAUAUACUAUUUACUGCACUUUUUAUGCUUUCUCACUCAACAAGAACCUUCAUCAAGCUGCAUCUCUCCCACUGCAUUUAGGAUACCGUUUCCUCAAAAAUGGUUCCGACUGUCAUGUGGCAUCUCUUGGUGGAAGGUCACAGGGCAAUUCUCUGGGGAAGGCACACCUCCCCGUUACUGCAAGCACUAUUCACACAUGAUAUGUUAAGGGGAGAGCCUAUCACAGAAUUUCUCUGCGACAUAUGUGUUCUAUCCACCCUUUCAAAAUACAGGAGGACAGGCUGUACCUCAUACACACACUUCUCUGGGGACCAAGGGGGCCUUGUGUCCAUGCACAAAAGCUGAGCAGCUUACGCCAACACCUGCCAGAGAGAGAGACUCCACUUCACCCAGCCCUGCAUUUAACAACUUGCCUGCUCACCACAGGUGAUCUGGAAUUCCAUGC